UAAAUACUAGUCUUCAAUCAAGUAAAGAAAGAAAGAAAAAGAGAUGGAAAUUAAUACAUUUCCUUCAAACUCUACCUAUUUGCUCAUAGUGCUUUUGCUUCUUUGUACCUCUCUUUGCCGUACAGAAUCUUCUAUUCCUUCUGAUCACCAUGAACCACUCUCGAUCACAGGGAGGAGAAUGAUGAGUGCCAUAGGAACACCAUCAUCAACAAGUCCGCACGCUCCAGGCGGAGGCGGGAAUGGGAGAAGAAGACUGAUGAGUGGAACGGGUGUACAAGGAUCAACAAGUGGACAUGGUGGUGGUCACAUUCACAAGAUUAUCUCGCUUUCACCUAUUAAGUCUUUAACUAUAUAUGUAUGUGUGUGUGUGUUUAAUUUCAUAUUUUCUGCUUAUAAAGUGUUUGAUUAGUGCAAUAUAUAGUUUUAAUAAAUGAUCAGAUUAUUUAAUAAAGUUUGAACAGUGUAUUAUGUCUUCCA